UGUGGUGGAGGGGGGAGUACUGGCUCUGGCAAGGCAAGAGUGUUGGCGAGAAACUCGAUAUCGGCAGCGGCCCAGGUGCUAUUUUUGUUUCGGUGUGUUAAAUUUAGCCAUGGUUGCUGUGGCACUUGUACCCCAGCAAAUUUGGACCAGACUGACGGAAGGAUGGAGGAACAUGGCCGACUUGGCGGAUAGAAUAGACGACUUGAUCUGCAGUUUCGACGGGCUGGGAGAUACGACCAUGGACACCAUCGCUAUGUACAUGUUUGGCUGGAUGCUGUUCGGCCUCCUGGUGCUGGCUGUCGGCAAGUAUGUGUACGGGAGAGUCGCCGGCUUCCUGGCCGCCAGGGGCGGUAAGAGUGUAGAGGUCGCGGUGCCGCCGCCUCCGGUGGCCGCCAAGGGUACGGUAGUCGAGGGAGACGCCACCAAGACAGCAGCCGCGGUGGUCUCGGGCAGUGCCGCCCCCAAAUACGUGCCUCCGACGCCGCCUAUGAGGAAGCGGCUCGGGUCCAAGUCGGGCCGCCCGUCCGGCCCCGCCAAGCCAAAGAAGGCCUCCGCGCUGGUGCACCCGCCCCCCGCCGCCACCGGGCCGGACAGUGACAGUGUCAAGUGGGUCAACGAACUCUUCUCGUGGCUCUACUCCGAUCUGGUCAUCGUCAACGAGCUGCUCAACAUCUGGGUACACAGUCUCAACGAAUUCACCAAGCAGUCGGUGGCCGAGCAUGGUGUGGGAGUUGAGUUUGUUCGCGUAUUGGGCGAAACUCAGUCUCCUUCUCUGAGCAACGUGUUCUGUGAAUGUGCUCCAAACGAAGAUGUGGUGAGUGAGCCAACACUCAAAUUUAUAAAACUUUUACAAUCAACAUCAUUUUCAUUUUUAACUACUACAAUGUUGAAAAAUUUUAUCUAUUUUGUGGUAACUCAUCGUGAUUUUUUGCAGCUGUCUCCUUCCCAGAACACAUUCAUUCCAACAAAGACUGCCAGUAAACGUUUACUUGUAAAAAUAAUCAAGGCUACAGGAAUUGGACUGAAAGCAAAACCACUGGAACCAUUCUGUGUGGUGGAGCUCGAUGAUCCUCCUCAAAAGAAUCAAACCUCAGUGAAAAAGGAUACUGAAAAUCCGAAUUGGGAUGAACACUUUCUAUUUGAUGUUACAAAUUCUACAGCAGAGAUUUUAUUGGAGGUGUACGAUAAGUCACCGGUGGGGAAAGGCGAGAAUAAGUUCCUCGGAUUGGGAAUCGUCGGCAUGGACGAGCUAGUCGUAAAUCCCAGUCAAAGGCAAACGAUAUCACUGCAGAGCAGACCUUACUUCCAAGAUGAUGUCACUGGCACAUUAACUGUAGAGUUUCUACUGAUUGAAGGAGCCGAGAUUCCAGUGAUGGGAGACCGGCCUUACAAACUGAAAGAAACUCUUCGCUCAGUGUCUCCGUCUGGAGCCACCAUUACGACUGUUAAGACCGUAUUCACAAAGCAAAAUUCAGAAGCGCUCACAAAUGGUGGUGGAGAUGUGACGGAUUCAGCGUUAAGAGAGCUAGAACGAAAUAAGCAGAGUGGAAUGUCGACGCCGGCCAGUAAAAGCACGCUAAUUAUUCACAGUGUGCAAAGACAGCCACAACAACGACAACUCUUGAAGGUUGAACAGACAGAGACGGGUAACUGGCUUGAAGUAACAGAUAAGAAGGCUGGUUUCAAGGAUAUGCCAGGACAGAUACCAACCACCAUUCAACAAAGUUACCAGCAGUCCGCUCCAUAUAAUCCUCAACAGCAAUCUCCAUUGAAUGAAACACUGGAUGAGAGAGGAAGAAGUAGAAAGAAAAAGCGCGAUUUCUUUGGAACUAUAAAACGACGCCUGAAUCGUUCGAAGGUGCGAUCGAAAUCGAUGGAUCCGGGAGAGUCGGAUGAAUCCGGCCUGGAUCCUUUGAAUCGAUCCAUAUCAGCUGAUCGAGCCCGCGACCCAUCUGCCCAUUCGGCACAUUCUACAGGUAGCUAUUUGUCAGUGCCCAGCCUGCGGGAAGGCUCAGCUCGGUCAAGUCUCAGCGAGGCAUCAGGCAUCAGUGGCGCCUCGACACGCACCUACGUCAACGAAGCUUCCACACUGGUUCUCGAGUCUGUCGAGAAUGGAGUUCUCAAAUAUUACCUGGUGCCUUUAUCGUUAGCACAAAGAGGUAAAUGGAAAAAGAAAGGAAUCAAGCUCCACAUAUUCAAUGAUCACACAUUCAUCGCCAAACAUCUUCCUGGAGGAACGCAAUGUCAGGUAUGCCGGAAAAUGCUGGCCAGGCGUUUAGGAAAGCAGGGCUAUGAGUGCAGAGACUGUCUGCUCAAAUGUCACAAACAUUGCCAUAUACGUGCCGAAGUCAACUGUCCGUCCUCGAAUAUACACACCAUUGAAUUGUGUUCAGAUCUUCAGAGUCCUUUCUCAGUUCGCAAGAUGUUGAAGAAAAGAUAGAAGAGUCCGAUGUCCGAUGUCUUCUCCUUUCUGAGAGUCUCUUCGAUUCGAACGUGAUAAGCUGUCUGUGUUGCCUCCUUCAUGCAAACUGCACGCAAAUACGAAAUAUUUGAUUUGAAUGACUGAUAAAACUCAAAUAUUCAAAUCGAACUACAAAUCUUCAUAAAUGUUUACAACUUUGUAAGAUCAAAUUGGAAAAUUGUUCGAAAAUUUAAUAUUUAACUUCACUGUGUAAGAAGUUAGGACAGCUUAGCUUUCUCUUUCUAUCAAGUAAGUUUUUUAUAAGUACCUACGUCGUAGAUUAGCUACAUUACAAUGAAGUGCUGAACUUUCUGGAUUGUUUUCUUCAAUAAAAUAUCAAACUCGCUGAAUCAAUGUGCUGGUCAAGAACCAAAUUCAAACUGUGAUAAUAAUUACUCGAGUGAUUGAAUAUAUAAGAUGUAUAUAAGGAAUAAUAUCACUAGCAGCCACAAAGCACCUUUUCUAAUGGCCUUAAAAAAUGGAAACUAACAUCACAUUAUAUGCAAUCAUUGCAUACAUUUUUAUGAAUGGACGUAAUUUUUCAAGUGUAUCGUAUCACGACGCGUCCAUCAUCUACGCAAGAUACUUUCAAUUACCGUACAGUAAUCAAUUCGUAAGAUCAUUUUUGAUUAGAAUGUUAAUGAAUAUGACAAUAGUUAUAGAAUGAUGCCUUAAUAAUUUGUAUCGCAUUAUUUAUUGAAUAAGAUAUCACGAAAUCGCAUAUUGAACAUGUAUUAUUAUACAUGUCAAACAGAAUAUUAUCUACGAAUGAUUUAGAAGUGUAUUCAGUUACAACAUGUAAUUAAAAAGUCAAACUAGGCUAAUAAAAAUUUAUAAUUUUAUGUUUUAAUUGAUGGAUUCAUUAUUUAUAUUAAAACUGAAGUUGAUCAGCUUUAUUAAUCUAAGUACAUAUUAUAAUGAACAACGUGAAACAUAAUAUAAAGAGGAGACACCUUUAUUAGUGCUUCUUUUUCAUAGUCAAUUUUCAUAAAUAUUUGUAAAAACAGUAAUUAAUAGAAAGACUUACAACAUAUUUAUUGAAAUUUCAUCAAGUUACCAAUAUAUUCAGGAUGAGCUGCUUCUACCAGAGUUGAAAUUACUAACUAAAUUGGCCUGGUAUAAUGUACGUAUAAGCAAAAUGUGCUUGAUCAAAGUUAAAAUACUGAAAUUAUAUUUGAAUCAGUCUAACCAUAGAAAUACAUUAUUAUUCCAAUUACCUUGAAUUAUACUCCAAAAGUUGUUUAAACUUAUUCGAUAAUAUAAUAAACAAUCAUAGUGUAUUUUCACUCUCCAAAUAUUAAUAAAUUAUGCCUCAAAUAAUACAAUAUUAGUGUUUAAGUGUAAACAACCAUCUCCUGUUAUCAAAAUAUUAUAAUAGUAAAAUUUAUAAUAACUUGUUGCUAUAUUAUAUAAUUUAUUUGAUAGUAAUUUAUUGAAAUUGCAAACGAAUAAUCAUAGUAAUAAUAUUUUGCAACAGAUUUUUUAGUUACCAUAAUAUUUAAGGAUAGUAAUCUAAACUGCUCUCUAUAUAAUUUUGUGUUUUUUAAGAAUGAAGUUUUGAAAAUUUACUCAUUGGUAUGGUCGCAUACCCCGACAAUGAUUCAAAUUAUCUAUAUGGAAUAGAAAAUAUUGCAUAAAUAUGAGGACUGUCUUAUCGUAGCCAUAUUCUUAUAUUUCAUAGUAAAAAAAUCUAAUUCAUGGCUGCCAAAUAAUUUGACUGAAAAAUUCUGAUCACAAUUUUGUAAUCAGGUGCUCUCGCUUUGACUGUAUAAUUUUUUAUGUAUUUGAAAAGUUUUCUAUAGACAGAAUUUGACAUUUAUGAUGGAGUUUUGAAAAGCACAAGAAUAAUCAAAUCUUUCAAUACUGUAUGUAAUAAUGUAAUAAACUGUUGAUGUUUUCUAAAAUCUUGAAAAAGUGAGUCAAUAAAUUUAUAAAAAAUUA